AUGGAGGAGAGCAAGCUCGUGGCCCUGCAUGACAUGCUCCAGCGCCUGCGCCCCAAGGGCAAGUCCGGCGGUCUCGGCUCGGGCGGUAGCUUUGGCUUGAAGUCGCACGGCCCGCGCGACGAUGGUCUGCCCAACAACGAGACGGUCGAAGACGAAGAAGAAGAGGUUGUCAAGCCCAAGAAGGCCAAGAAGGCCAAGAAGAGUGCAUAG